AUAUCGAUAUAUCGAUACAGUUCCGUCAUGUAGUGUCAUCUAUCAGAGGAAUCACAAAUCAUCACCGGUGUUAUUAUUUUUGCCAACACGAUUUUGUUUAUUGUGUUUUAAUUAUAAAUUAAAUAAAUUAUCAGUAUUUUCUUAAUUAAUAUUCGAUACUUGGGUCAACUAAAUUUCUGUUCUUCUCCCAAUUAAUUUAUCAAAAUGAAACCUUUAGCGUUACAAGGUCAUGAAAGAGCUAUUACUCAAAUCAAGUAUAACCACGACGGGGAUCUGCUUUUCAGUUGUGCUAAAGAUGCUAAUCCCAAUGUAUGGUAUUCUGUCAAUGGUGAACGACUUGGUACAUUAGAUGGACAUGCUGGUGUGGUCUGGACAAUUGAUUGUAAUUGGGACUCAACUAAAGUUGUCACUGGUAGUGGAGACAACAGUUUAAACCUUUGGGAUUUAGAAUAUGGAAAAGUUUUAAAUAAAUUUGCUUCUAAAAACGGUAUUCGAGUUGUUGGUUUCUCUAACUCAGGAAAGCAGAUUUUUUUCACGACUGACAAAACCAUGAACCUUCCUUCACAAUUGCGAAUUAUUGACAUUAAUGAUCCAGACCAAUUCAAAGGCAAUUCAUACGUUUUCUCCAUCGCUGAUAUGGGUGUCUCAAAGCCUACAGCAGCUUUAUGGGGCCCACUAGAUGAAAGUAUCAUUACCGGUCAUGAAAAUGGUACCUUAAUUAAAUGGGAUCUGAGAACAACUAAAUCAUCACUUCAAGAAAUCCCAGAAGCUCAUCGUGGACAAAUCAAUGAUAUGCAAUACAAUAACGAUGAAACUAUGCUUAUUACUGCAAGUAAAGAUACCACGGCUAAAAUCUUCGAUACUGAAACCUUAGAACACUUAAAAACUUACCGAACUGAGCGACCAGUCAAUUCAGCCGCCAUUUCCCCUAUUCGAGACCAUGUUGUAGUAGGUGGUGGUCAAGAAGCUAUGGAAGUCACAACAACUGCUGCUCGAUCUGGUAAAUUUGAGGCUAGAUUCUUCCAUUUAAUAUUCGAAGAAGAGUUUGCUCGUGUUAAAGGUCAUUUCGGUCCUAUCAAUUCCUUAGCCUUCCAUCCUGAUGGAAAAAGCUACGCCAGUGGCGGAGAAGAUGGUUACGUUCGAGUCCAAAACUUUGAUCAAUCUUAUUUUGAAUUCCAAAUGGAUGUUUGAUUAUGCUCAUUUUUGUUAUUCAUUUGCGAUUAAAGUGUUCUAAAGAACAAAAAAUGACCAUUUUA